CGCGCCGAGCUCUCCCCGCGCCGGGCGCAGCGGGGCGGCGCUCCAGAGCCGUGCCUUCCGAGCGCCGCCGUGUCGUCGGGAGCCAGCGCUGGGCCCGUGCGGGGCGCGGUGGGCCGCGGCUCGGAGGGGUGCGCCCCGGAAAUAAAUCAGAAUGAGUUAUACAGAAAAGCCCGAUGAAAUCACAAAGGAUGAGUGGAUGGAAAAGCUCAACAACUUGCAUGUCCAGCGAGCAGACAUGAACCGUCUCAUCAUGAACUACCUGGUCACAGAGGGUUUUAAAGAAGCAGCAGAGAAGUUUCGGAUGGAAUCUGGGAUCGAACCGAGUGUUGACCUGGAAACCCUUGACGAGCGAAUCAAAAUCCGUGAGAUGAUCCUGAAGGGACAGAUCCAGGAGGCCAUUGCACUCAUCAACAGCCUCCACCCGGAGCUGCUGGACACGAACCGCUAUCUCUACUUCCACCUGCAGCAACAGCACCUGAUUGAGCUGAUCCGCCAGCGGGAGAUGGAGGCGGCGCUGGAGUUCGCGCAGACCCAGCUGGCUGAGCAGGGCGAGGAGAGCCGCGAGUGCCUGACCGAGAUGGAGCGCACGCUGGCCCUGCUGGCCUUCGACAACCCCGAGGACUCGCCCUUCGGAGACCUGCUCAACAUGAUGCAGAGGCAGAAGGUGUGGAGUGAAGUGAAUCAAGCUGUCCUAGAUUAUGAAAAUCGUGAGUCAACACCCAAGCUGGCAAAGUUACUGAAACUACUCCUUUGGGCUCAGAAUGAGCUGGACCAGAAGAAAGUAAAAUAUCCCAAAAUGACAGACCUCAGCAAAGGUGUCAUCGAGGAGCCCAAGUAGAGUCUGUGCAGGGUCCCUGUUUCCCUGCCCGGCUGGCAGUGCGCUGUCUGGGACUGAAGAUUUUUACAGCAGCAGAGAACUCUUUCCUCCCCCUUUUACUUUUUUUUGACCCAGCAUCUUUUGAAAGGGAAAGUGGCCCUUUUAAGCGCUGGAAAACGCGCACUGAAAGACGCCUCUCUUGCGGAAGGCUGGCGAGGACCGUGCCGCAGCCUGACCUCAGUGCUCUGGGCA